CGACAUUUGCGACAACUCUUUACUUCUUUACAACUCACCUCCGCGCACGAGUAUCCCGUCCCGUCCCGUUUCGAUUCAAGACUCCGUACAAGCGCAGCAAAUGAUGCAAGGUCCCAACUGCCUACAGCUUAUUCCAAAAAUGAACUUUAGACAUACUUUCUUGGCACUUAAAAAGGAGAUGAGCGGGGCGCCGAGCCCUGCCAAGACUGAUUUACGGCCACACAGCCCCCGAUGCCCAGCCGUCUCGUUCGCUUGAAGUGUUCUUUUGCUGAUGAGCAAAAAUGCCAGACUGCCAAGCCGUAUGGCAUUGGCGCCGCUGCGUCCCCGCGUCAUUCCUUCUUGUGGCUUUCUUUGUGCCCCUGGAAUCCUGUUUUCCUUGUCCAUUUGUUCUGUAGUCGCUUCCUAAACUGUCUGUCUGCUCACUCUCUCGCAGGCGCUUAGAUUUUAUCACAACUCUUCUUUGUCCGACCGACUUCUAGAUAUUUUUUAUCUAGAGGCCCAUUUCAAUCGUUUGCUUGCUUUUAUUGAUCGAUCUAAUCUUAAGUUUCGAAAACGAAUCCCGACGCUGCGUUUGCCAGCUGUCAUCCGAUAAUCUCUCUCGCGUCAGAACAUCCAAAUCAACCUCCGUCAUGUUUGGCGACUCGUUCAAGUCGCGGACUGUUGCGGCAUUGCUGCUCGCUGCGACCAGCAUUCAAACGGUUGCAGGACAGGCCAACUACAAAAUUGACACAGCGGAAAACAUCAAGAAAGCCUCUGCCGAUUUGGCCGCCUCGGUCAUCAAGCGAUACGAAGAUGGUCAAAAAGUCCCUGGAGUCGAGCCCGGUAUCCUCCCCGGACCUCCUACCGAAAACAAGGGACCUUACUACUGGUGGCAGGCUGGUGCCAUGUGGGCUGCAUUUAUCGAUUACUGGCAUCUGACGGGCGACAGCCAAUAUAAUGACCUGGUGACCAAGAGCAUUAUCCGACAAUGCGGCGAGGACAAGGACUUUGAACCCUUUGCUCAUCGUGCAUCACUCGGAAACGAUGAUCAAGCCUUCUGGGGAAUGACGGUCCUUACGGCCAUCGAGAGGAACUUUCCCGACUCUUCCGACUCCAAAGACCCCGGCUGGCUGGCCCUAGCCCAAGCUGUCUUUACUAGACAGUCGAUGCCUGAGAGACACGACAAGAAGUGGUGUGGUGGAGGCAUGAGGUGGCAGGUUCCAGUCACUAACCUGGGCUAUGAUUAUAAGAACACUAUUGCGAACGGCGCAUACUUCAACAUGGGUGCCCGCCUCACCCGUUACACUGGCAACGACACUUACGCCGAGCGUGCAGAGGAGAUUUACGACUGGCUAAAGGAUACUGUCAAGUACAUUGACCCCGAGAACUGGAAGGUUUACGAUGGUGGUCACACGGGAGAGAAGCGGAAAGCCGAUGAACCGAUUCACAACUGCACCGAUGUCAACAAACAACAAUUCUCGUACAAUGUUGCCAUUCUUGCACAGGGAGCCGCAACCAUGUGGAACUAUACCAUGUCCAAGGAUGCCAACAGCCCCAAGGUCGCCAAGUGGAGGGAGGCUACUGAAAAGUUGGUAGAGAGCUGCCUCAACGACUUUUUCAGCAAGGGCGCAGCUUACGAGAUUGCUUGCGAGGAAGGCCGUACUUGCAGUGUCGAUAUGUUCACUUUCAAGGGCUUCAUCCAUCGCUGGCUCCCUGUCGUUACUCAAUUGGCCCCAUUUACCCGCGACACUCUGCUACCGGUUCUCCGCAAGUCGGCUGAAAAGGCCAUCUCCACUUGCAAGGGUGGCGCGACAGGCAAGGACUGUGGUUUCUACUGGGUUGAAGGCCUGUAUGUCGACCCUGCCACCCACUCGCCUCUUUCAACCAACGGCACACCUGAACAGCUCAACGCUAUGUCGGCCGUCAUGAGUCUCAUGCACGACGUUGCGGCCGUUCCGGGCCCUGUGACUGCUUCGGACGGUGGUGAGAGUCGAGGUGAUCCCACGGCCGGUCUAAAGCACACCCCCAUGACUCGAUACAAGGACAUCACGGGGGCCGAUCGUGCAGGUGCGGGUAUCUUGACCACAUUGGUUAUUGGUUCCGCUGUUGGAACUUUUGGCUGGAUGAACUGGGAUUAGUUGAUUUCCUUUAUCUGUUGCGUUUACAAGAAAGUUUCUAGACACAGAUUUGUUAAUAGUUGCGUGAGAACUAGAGUUUUUUGCACGACUAAAAUGAUUUAGUGCUAAUAUCAAUUCACAGGCUGAUUUGAGUGAAUUGGUUAUGGAAGUGAAGUUGCUUUGGGCUCCAUACAAGUAGUGAUUUCAAGGGACAUGCAAAC